GAGAGGGAAGAAAAGGAAAUAUUCCUGAGUGACACCAUGGCAGACCUAGAAGAGCAGCAUGCAAAAGUUUGUGAAUACAGGUGUACAAGAAACGAGUCUCCUCUUCUAUAUAACAUGCAUUCUUAAUUGAAGAGAAGCACCACAUUCCAUUUGAUUUUCUCUCUCAGGCCCAUUUACGAGAAAGUCAUGUAUUUCUUUCAACUCUCUAUACCGCGAAGAGGCAUCAUGGCUGAGAAUCAUCAGGAUUCUAGUCCUCUCUUGUCAAAUUACUCUGAUGGCGGAGAAAAUAAGAUCAAUGCCGGGUUGAAUAAUGAUAGUGUUACUGUCAGUGAGAGGAGCGGAUCUGCUAGGAUUCCAGAGGUGGUGGAGGAAAUAAAAGACUUGUAUACCAUUGCGAUCCCAACAAUCGCCACUGGGCUUCUGACCUAUGGAAAGUCUGCAAUAUCCAUGCAUUUCUUGGGGAAGCUAGGUAAAGACACAUUAGCUGGUGGAAGCCUAGCCAUUGGCAUGGCCAACAUCACGGGUUAUUCUGUGAUUUCUGGCCUUGCAACAGGUAUGGAAGGUAUCUCCUCCCAAGCUUGUGGCGCCCGGAAAUGGAACCUUGUUGGGGAAACCCUCCAAUGCACCAUUGCCAUUCUGAUCAUGACAUGCAUACCCAUUUCAGCCUUAUGGCUGAACUUUGAAUCCCUCCUUCUGUUAUUCGGCCAAAACCCCACCAUCUCAUCCGUUGCCGCCACCUAUCUUGCAUACUCUAUCCCUGACCUACUUUGUCAGUCCUUAAUUAGCCCUCUGAAAAUUUACUUAAGAACCCAAGGUGUGACCCUCCCUCUCAUGUUCACCGCAACUCUGACUCUGAUGCUGCAUGCAUGUAUGAAUUAUGUGGUGAUUCACACUUUUGGUCUGGGAAUUCAAGGGAUUUCCUUGGUUGGAGCCUUCACCAAUCUAAGCUUUAUAAUAGUCCUUGUGCUUUACAUGUGGUUUUCUGGGGUUUGUUCUCAAUCUUGGCAGGGUUGGUCAUGGAAGUGCUUCAAGCACUGGAAGCCUAUUCUUGGUCAAGGAGCCCCAAGUUGUGUCUCUGUUUGCUUAGAGUGGUGGUGGUAUGAGUUACUGGUACUGUUUUCGGGGCUCCUCGAGAAUGCAGCAGAGAAUGUAUCCGCCUAUGGAAUAAUAAUCCAGGCCACUUCAUUUAUGUAUAAUUUUCCUUAUGCAUUAGGUUUGGCUGUUUCAACAAAAGUAGGUAAUGAACUUGGAGCCAAUAGGCCUAACAAGGCCAAAACAUCAUCGUACACUGCUUUGCUAUGUGCUUGUUUCACAGCCAUUGUGGCUAUGUUGUCGAUGCUCUCUAUGAGCAAUGUCUGGGGACUAAUGUUUACCCACGAUGAAACUAUUCUGUCUCUGCUCUCAACAACAUUGCCCAUUGUGGGUCUGUGCGAGCUUGGGAACUGUCCUCAGACUACGAUCUGUGGGAUGCUGAGUGGCAGUGCUAGGCCUGCUUUGGGUGCCAAAAUAAACUUUCUGUCGUUUUAUGGUGUGGGCUUGCCUGUUGGUCUUUUGCUGUGCUUCGGCUAUGAUUUCGGCUUGUUGGGCCUCUUUCUGGGCCUGCUGUCUGCCCAGAUCGUGUGUGCUAUUGCCAUGGUGGUUGCAUUGACACAAACUGAUUGGAAGGAGCAAGCAAAUAGGGCAAAGAAGUUAACUGGUGGACUCAGCGAGAUCAAUGGAGAAAACAAUGAAGAUGUUGAAGGAGCUGCUCCUCUGCUUGUCUAAACCAGCCUUUGGUGGUCUCUGGUGCUGCUGAUGUUUGAGUUAAUAAGAUGUUUUUCCUGUUCUGCUACUGUUCAAGUAUUUCCUCUGUUUUGUGUGUUAUGUUUUGUGUCAAAGUUUGUGUUGUAUACACAACUUUGCUUCAGUUGAUUUCAGAUUUUCCUGUCUUUGUUAGUCUCUUCCAAUGUGCCACAUUGAAUGUGGUUUGGUUUGUAGACCUUUCAAAUUUUCAAUAAAAGUGUGUGCUUUGUUUCCGUA